UGGAAGAAAGGGAGAUUUGGAGAGAGAUAGAGUAGAGUGAGGAAGGAAGACUGUGAUAAGGCUCCCUGCCUCCUGCAACCAGACGGACUGUGCCAGUGGAGAGAGAGAGAGAGAGAGAGAGAAAGAGAGAGAGAGAGAGAGAGAGAGAGAGAGAGAGAGAGAGAGAGGGAGAGAAAGAGAAAGAAAAAGAAAGAGAGCGAGUGACUGGAGCUGAGUAUUCCUUGCUGUCGUGCUGUCUUUCUGUCCUGCUGAUAUAUCCUCUGUCAUUUACUGAGUCGUCCUUCCCAGUUUAGAUGAUGUCAUCGAAGCUCCUAUCCUGCGGUUGGCUGCAGCAGCUGCUGGUGGUGCUUCUGAAGCUCACCCUAUCCUUUGCUGGACCGACCAAUGGGACAGAGUGUACGGCCAGAGGUCCUGCCUCCUACAUCCUGGUAUUUACGGGUCACUGGAGCCCCCAGACUUUCCCUAAACAGUACCCACUGUUCCGACCCCCUGCACAGUGGUCCAAACUCAUAGCUAUCACUCACAAUGGGCAGCAUCGGCUGUUUCAGGAGGGGGCGCUGGCGAGUAUAGGGGUGCAGAACUUUGCUGAGGUGGGGGUAACUGUGGAGCUGGUGAAGGGGGCGAAGGAUGCCAGGAAGAGACGGGAGGUCGGUGCCAUGUACAGAACAGCGGGCAUCCCCACUGGCAUCGGACACAGCUCCACAGAACUGCUGCUGCAACCUCGGAGCCCACUGCUCUCUCUGAUGGUGAAGGUGAUCCCUAGCCCUGAUUGGUUUGUGGGAGUGGACAGUCUUAACCUCUGUGAGGGCGGCCAGUGGAAACAGGAAAUGACCCUUGACCUCCAACCCUUGGACUCUGGGACGGACAGCGGCUUCACUUUCUCUUCACCCAACUAUCCCACCGUCCCUCAGGAAAACAUCACACGGAUAACUUCCCAGAUGCCCAACCACCCAGCCAACUCCUUCUUCUACCCCCGUCUCACAGAGCUCCCGCCCAUAGCCUCCAUACGGCUGACCAGACAGAGCCGUUCAUCUGCCCGUCAAACUCCCAUGUCCAAUCACAUUCUGCCUCACCCUAUCCACCCUCAACGCUUCUCAGAGACACCGUUAGACUGUGAGGUGUCUAUGUGGUCAUCCUGGGGUCUGUGUUUGGGGCCCUGCUCCAGGGGAGGGGUCCGCCAUCGUACCCGCUACAUCCUCCUGCGGCCGGCUAACGCCGGAACACCCUGCCCCGAGCUGGAGGAACAGACCGAGUGCACACCACACAACUGUCUGAAGCGCCAGUGACCCCCGACAGAAUAGGGUGAAGUUGCCCCAAGACACUGAUUUAAAGUCAGUUUUAGGUUUAGGCCAGUAAGGUUAGGAUUCGGGACUGUAAGCUGAUCAUAGAUCUGUGCUUAGGGGGAACUUCUAAUUGGAGCCACACCCCUGGCAGUCUCCAUGGUAACACUGGGACUCAAACAUACACAGACCACAAUAAUGUAAGCAAUGGACUCUUUCACUGCAAAACGCACAAUCUCUAGACCCAGAUAAGUCUUAAGUGGUGGUGACUUGUUGGUGUGGUCUUUAUGGAGUACUCUGGCAAUCUAAAGACCAACUAGUCCUGACUUGUAUUGAGAAACACUGUUGUUGACUGAUUGACAAGUACCCACAUGACAAAAGAGCACAAUGACAUUAUCAGUGGACAUGAGAGACAGACAACUAUGUAGAGGAUCUUCACUGGCACACACACACACACACAUGCCCUUGUACACAAAUAAUACACUCUUACUUUGUGUAAACUGGGACAUUGAUUUACAUGGGAAUCCUAUACGAUGCUCAGCCAUCAUUCAACAUAACCACACAGACAGAUUUAUAAAUACCCCUUUCACAAGACACAACUGAUGAUGGCUCACUGUAUCCCAGUACCCCAUGUCAGAAAACCCUAGCCAAUAUGGAGCGAGGCGGUUUCAUAAAAGAAAAAGGGAUACAGGUUUAAAAAAAACACAAAAAAAACAAGAGCAGUUAUAUCUGUUGUCUCUCUUAAUAUGUAGGACAUAUUUUGUAUAUACUGUAUGUUCUGUUGUAUCGUUGUAUCUUGUGUAACUCAUGAAAUAAAUAUGGAGGUGUUUUCUGUAAAUAGAAA